GCUCAGAGGAGCUGGUGAGAGGCAAGAGCUCACACACACACCCACACACACACACACACACACACGCACGCACGCGCGCGCACACACAUACAAAGAAAAACCCAAGACAGACAUCAGGACCAGAGCUGUUGGAGGUUUAAGGCUGUCUUUCAGAUGUUCUUUAGAAGACGUCAGUGACACGAGUACAGAGACAAAGACAUGGAGAACGGGCAUAGCCGGCUGCAGCAGGCUCAGCAGGACGUGGAGGAGGUUCGCGAGAUCAUGUUGGACAACCUGAACAAGGCCAGUGAGCGUGAGGGGAAACUGGGAGACCUGGAGAACAGAGCUGACCAGCUACUGGAACAGAGCAAGGUUUUUUCCAAAACCGCAAACCAAGUGAAGCGAAAAACACAGUGGGAGAACCUGAGGCUGAAGGUGAUCCUGGGAGUCAUCGUCGGAGUCAUCGUGUUGGUCAUCAUCAUCGUCCCGGUUGUCAUAUCUUCUUAUAACAACACUUCUGUUUGAUUAGCAAGAAGGAAGAGAAAAUGAAUUACUUUGGGGGGGUUUUUAGGCGGACUGCUCCGGAGUCGGUUCGUUUGUCAGAACGCAAACCCCGGGACUCUGUGUUUUGUCCUGUCUUAAAAUCCCAGACUUGUGUGUUCAGGGGUAGAUCCGAUGGUACUGUGGAUACUUGCUGCUGUCUCUGCUUUCAUUUCUAUGUCGAGUAACGUCUGUAACCGGCCUCUGUGCAGCCGCCUGAAUAGUUAACCUGAACAAUUGUGUGUCGGAGGAAGCGGCGGAUAAAACUGGAGCGACGCUGAGCUGAAGGUGAAGAGCUUUCAGCAGCUGGAAACGUUGAUGUUGGUCAUACUGUUACUCUUUUUAAACUGAGGAAUCGAACACUGUAGAUACGAUUGAAAUGUAUUGAAUAUGGAUUACUGUGACAGGGUAUUGCUAUUGACGUCAGACACCCGGGACAGCUACAGACAUGGUAGUGAAACCUAGACGGGGGAAAAAAACACCAUGUGAUUUUAGAAGUUUUUGAAUUGUGGUUUAAGCACAAAGAUUGUUAAAAAUGCCGACCGCACCAUUUUCCGCAAUCACGGGUCUAUCGUUAGAGGAUCUUCAGCAUAUAAUCCGACAUAUACGACACACUUUAUUACAGAAUUUGGCCAAGAUGUUAUUAGGAUCUUGUCCAACGUGACUAAAACUGGCUUAAAUGGGUGGAAAUUUGUAGAUUUUCCGUUUUAAAAAGCCACGUCCAUUAACCAGUCAGAGCUGGAGAACCCUUGGGGAACCCUUUAUUUUUUCUAAGAGCGCACGCUCUUUACAUUAGUAUCAAUAAAAAAUAACAGUUGUGACUCGAUUGGAAGUUUUGUUGUUUUUUUGUCUGUAAAAUUUAAUAAACUGCCAUGAAAAAAAAAAUUCUACUCAUUCAGUACUGCAAGCUGUGUUCUUCUUUAGCAUCUGAUGUUUCUAAUCUUAAUUUAGGGGCGUCUGUGGUUAAUGCUCUGAAAUAAAGCUGUUAAAAAUAA